AUGUCGAACAGAAAUAUAUAUAAAUAUAUAUCUAGAUAUAUCUAAUACACUUUUAAAAGUGGCUGCUUAUACUAAAGGUUAAAGAAAGAAUAUUUUUAAGUUACAUUUUGUAUAUUUUCCAUUUGUCACGAAAGUGCAUUUUACAGAAUAUGGACUUUCAAAACAGAAAUUCCCUGAACGUUCGAUUAAACAGAGUCUCGGGUAACCUGUUACCGAUGACUAGCAACGAUUCUCCGUUCCCUGUAGCGUGGAGAAUAUACAGCGCCGUUAUAUGGCUGAUCGAAACAAUUUAUAUUAGCGCAAUAAUUCCCGGAAUCUUAUACGUGCCAAUAGAUAAAGCUUUGCGGGAUGGAACGGUCGGCAUGGUGGUUAUCAUAGAAGUGUUUUUUUUAUUAAGACAAAUGCAUGUGCACAGAGAUCUUGUAACUCAACUGAUUCAAAAACUAAAUGAAAUUCUGCGCGUUGGGGAUAAGACAAUGAAGUUUAUCGUGGAUUCGACCUUAAGACCGGUAGAUGUUCCUCUCAAAUUUUAUUGCAUAGCUGGGACUAUAUCUCUUGCAAUGUGGUGCUGUAUAUCUUUUGCGUCGAUUUUGAAGAAGAAAUAUUUUUUCUAUGAGGAUUAUAGGGUUGCUUUGAACGUCUACAUGAUAAAUCUAGUAUUACUAGUAACAGCACAAUAUCGCUACAUCGCGGUGAAGCUCGCAACGAUAUUUCGAGAAAAUAUUCUACAGAGUCAACACGAUGAAUUCGAAAAGGAAUAUUCUAAUGUAAAUUCAUUGGCGAUUCUGAAACUGAAGGCAUUAUGUCGACAUCACAAUGCUAUAGUACGAAUAACUUUAAUGCUAAAGAAAUUGCUAUCUUUAAAUAUGAGUCUAAUAUAUUUGACAAAUGUUUUUAUUCUUUGUUUUUCUCGAUGUCAUGCUGAUAAGUGCAGACUUGAUAUAUCUGUUAAUUCAAAACUGAAUCAGAUUCUAUAUACUGCCGAUGAAACUAUGAAGAAUAUUGUGACGGUAACUUUGGAGCCGAUAAAGGUUCCAUUAAAUAUUUAUUGGGUCACCGGCGCAAUGUCAACUUUUACUUGGAGUUGUAUGCCAUUACUGCUGAUCUUCGAGAGGAAUCAGUUCUAUUACGAAGACUACAGAGCACCUGUUGUUUUUUCCAAACAAUCAUUUUCAUUGAGCAUCUUUUUACUAGGAAGUUUAUUCCUAACUAUCAGCAUGACAAAUAUGUUCUUAAAGAAAGCCAGUGUAGAUGUGUACAUGAUGCAUCUGAUAGCAGCAGUAACAACGUUCUGGGAAGCGAUUUCGAUUGUUAUGUAUACGACAGGUGCGAUAAUGCAACUUUAUAUUACGUGCUCCUGUGUGCAACAAUUAUUAGAUGCGAGUACGGAAGUAACGGAUAAAGCUUUUCACGAAAAGUGGUAUUUACUUCAACCAUCGACAAAAUGUAUAUUUAUGUUGAUAAUUAUGGCUAACAGUUUAGAAUGUAAAAUUGCGGCUUUUGAAAAUUUCAAUCUUUCCUUGUCCUCGUUUAUGAAGAUUUUAAAUCAGUCGUACUCGAUCGCUCUUCUGUUUUUAAGAAUGAAUUAAAAAGUGACGGAAACGUUCUACUUACAGUAGUUAUAAUUGUUACUUCCAAACUAAUAACAAAAAUUAAUAAUCUUGUGAAUUUAUUUUGGUUUGGUAAAGUUGA